AUGGAAGAAAACGACCAUCUCCUCCCAACUCCCCUCGAGUUCCCCGGCCCCACUUCCCCGCAAUCCAGCCUUCUCGCCGGACGACAGCGAUACCUCCUCUUUCCCCGUUUCACCCUCGAGUCCGGCAUCACGCUCACCAAUGUCCCCGUCGCAUUCAAAACAUGGGGAAAGCUCGCCUCUAGCAAGGAUAACGCGCUGGUGGUGUGUCACGCUCUGACCGGUUCCGCCGACGUUGAGGACUGGUGGGGCCCGCUGCUGGGUGUCGACAAGGUGUUUGACUAUUCGCGCUUCUUCAUUGUGUGCUGCAACGUCUUGGGCAGUCCCUAUGGCUCGGCGAGCAGCUGCACGCAGGCUGGAGGGGAGUCUGAGUGGGCAGCAGCUGUUGAGCAAGGAAGGGUGGAGGGUGUAGCGCAGGCCAAGACGCAGUGGAGCGGAAACGGGUGGUGGGGGCCCGAGUUCCCAGCGACUACCGUGCGCGACGAUGUGCGCAUCCAGAAGCUCGUGUUAGAGUACUUGGGCGUGGAAAGCAUCGCCGCGGUCGUCGGUGGCAGUAUGGGCGGCAUGGCUGUCCUCGAAUGGCCGCUAGUCUUCCCCACCCGCUACCCCGGUGUCUCGCAGGAGAGAUACAUCCAAGCCAUCGUACCCCUGGCCACGUCAGCGCGUCAUUCGGCAUGGUGCAUCUCGUGGGCCGAAGCCCAACGCCAGUCGAUCUACUCGGACCCGCUGUUCAAGCACGGCUACUACGCACCGCACGAGCCGCCGCGCAAUGGGCUGAGUGCAGCACGCAUGGCGGCGCUGCUGACGUACAGGUCGCGCGACAGUUUCGAGUCGCGGUUCGGACGCAGGGUGGGCAAGGCGCUCAAGGGUGGUGGGGCGGCAGCUUUGCCGGGCAAACAGGAGGAGGAGAAUGCCAAGCAGGCAGACGAGCGCAGGAGGAGUUCGAUGGCGCAAGAUGCCGCGGCUGCGCACAACGAGGGCAACCUCUCGCCGCGUGUCAAGCCGUACGGAAGCAAUACCCCGUCCACCAACGGCUCCCCGAACGGAGGUUCCGGUUACUUCAACACUACCGCUGCAAUCGGUGCAACAGGGCCCUCGCUCUCGCCUACAGCCACGACCCCGACCGUACCUGCGGCCCCACACCCGCCCACCGAGUUCUCCGACGAAGCCGUCCUGCCCCCCGCUGCCAUCACCACUACCGCCGCCACCGCCACCGCAGCACAGCCCGACCGUCUGGUGGAGCCCUUCAGCCCCUCGACCGCGCCGCAGAUCUUUUCGGCGCAAUCCUACCUGCGCUACCAGGGCGACAAGUUUGUCAACCGCUUCGACGCCAACUGCUACAUCCACCUGACACGCAAGAUGGACAGCCACGACGUGGCACGCAACCGCUGGGGGUGGUCUGUCUCUCCGCUUUCGCGAGACAGUGGGGUGAAGCCCGAGACGGCCGAGGAGGAGGACGAGGCGUUGCUCAACGUCCUCUCUUUCCUCUCUGCCAGCGGUGUAGAGGGGAGGCCGGCGCCGCCGCAGGUGCUUGUGGUUUCGAUCGAGAGCGACGGCCUGUUUGCCCCGCCGGAACAGGUGCUCAUUCACAAGCUGGUCGAGGGGAGCAGCUUCGUGAGUGUCAAGAGCACUGAUGGGCACGAUGGGUUUUUGUUGGAGUUCGAGCAGAUUAACCGGGAGGUGGGCGGGUUUUUGAAGCAGGUGUUGGGCGAGAUUUAUGCGAGAAAGCCCAUCGAUGUCGCUGUGCCACUGCAGGCAGGGGAGGGGGACGAGGGGGUCAAGGAGAGUGUGUUUGGCGAGGUCGAGGACGUGACCAGGUGGUGA